AUGUUUCAACGUCAAAUCCUCUGUUCAAGCUUCACUGUCGACAACAAAGGCUUUAGCCUUCACAGGUCUCUUUCUCUAGACAACAAAGAUGCGGGUGAGAGAGAGAAAGAUGUGGUGUAUGGAGGCAUCAAGCGUGGAGUGAGAGAGAGAAGUGGUGUAUGGAGGCGUAACCGGCAUUUGGUUACCGACUCUUAUUGUGUUGGGGAGGUCAAUAUGCUGCAAAGGUCCAUUGAAUUUUCUAACCAGACCCCAUUUGGCAAGAUUAUGAGCUAUUGUGUUUAUGUUCCUUCUUGUGUGUGUCAUCCUCCAGUCAAGGUGGCUCGUCACGAGGACUUUCAGAUUGCGGACUAUAGUGUCAAUGGACUUUCAGACGCUCUGCGAGUCUCCUUCAAUUGUCACGUGGGCGACGCCAACAGAUUCAUUGGCAGCGCACAGCCUCAACGCAUAAAUGCUAAGAAAACCAUUGAGUAA